AUGGUUGAAUAUUCAGGAAGUACUCCAGUUGAAAUAGCACCAGAUAAACGUCAAAGAGUUCAAUGUUGGGAUUCACGAGAUAGAUUUUUCCAAUGUUUAGAUGAACAUUAUAUAGAUAAUUCAUUAGAUCCAAAAGAAAUUUCAAAAGUUAAUUCAAAAUGUGGAGAUAUAAAGCAGAAAUUUGAAAAAGAUUGUGUUAAAAGUUGGGUUAAAUAUUUUCAAGAAAAAAGAACUAAUGAUUUAAUUAGAACAAGAUAUAUUCAAAAAUUAGAAAGUGAAGGUGCUCAACCAUUACCUUUUAAAAUUGAAGGAGUUAAAAAGUAA